CUUACACAAAAAAGGAUCCUGAGAGAGGAAAGAAUUUUUUGUUACACUUCAAAAAGUUUAAGUUCAGCUCUGGCUUCUCUGGACUGAGUUUCUGAGGAGGACGGCAGUUCAAAAACCAUGUCCCAGGUGCCACUGACAUUCAGUGAUGUUGCCAUAGACUUCUCUCAGGAGGAGUGGGAAUGCCUAAACUCAGAUCAGAAGAAUUUGUACAGAGAUGUGAUGUUGGAGAAUUAUACUAACUUGGUAUCACUGGACAUUGACUUCACAACUGAGAGCAAAGGAUUAUCUUCAGAAAAAAGCAGCUAUGAAGUAAAUUCAUACCAUUGUGAGCCAAUGAAAAGAAGUAAACCUUCAACUCUCAACCUUAUGGGAUUUAUUUUCAGGAAUGACUCAUGGAUCAGAACUGAAUUUGAGAGACAACAGGCACCUAAAGUGGGAUACUUUAGUCAAAUGAUAUUCAGAAAACAUACAUCCCUUCCCCUUCAGCAGAAAAUUCACACUAGAGAGAAGUCAUAUGAAUGUAAGGAAUGUAGGAAGGGCUUUAGGAAAUAUUCACACCUUACUGAACAUCUGAGAGACCACAGUGGUGUGAGAUCCUAUGAAUGUAAGGAAUGUGGAAAGGCCUUUAUAGUUCUCCAGCAUUUUAUUAGGCAUAAAAAAAGUCACACUGAUUUGAAACCCUAUGAAUGUAACGGAUGCGAGAAGGCCUUUAGGUUUUAUUCACAGCUUAUUCAACAUCAGAUAAUUCACACUGGUGUGAAACCUUAUGAAUGUAAGCAAUGUGGGAAGGCCUUCAGACGUCAUUCUCACCUUACUGAACAUCAGAAAAUUCAUAUUGGCUUGAAAUCCUAUGAAUGUAACGAAUGUGGGGAAACUUUUAGGUUAUAUCGACAUAUGUGUCUACAUCAGAAAAUUCAUCAUGGUGUGAAACCCUAUAUCUGUAAGGAAUGUGGAAAGUCCUUUGGUCAUCGUUCAAGUCUCUAUCAACAUAAGAAAAUUCAUUCUGGUGAGAAACCAUAUAAAUGUAAACAAUGUGGAAAGGUGUUUGUUCGCAGCUAUCUGCUUAUUGAACAUCAGAGAAGUCAUACUGGUGAGAAGCCUCAUGAAUGUAAGGAAUGUGGAAAGGCCUUUAGUAGGGGCUCAAGCCUUCUUAAACAUAAGAGAGUUCAUAGCAGUGAGAAAUUCUAUGACUGUAAGGAAUGUGGGAAGGCCUUCUGUAGAGGAUCUCAACUUACACAACAUCAGAGAAUUCAUACUGGUGAGAAGCCACAUGAAUGCAAAGAAUGUGGGAAGAUGUUUAAGCUCCAUUCAUACCUUCUUCAACAUCAGAUAAUUCAUAGUGAUUUGAAACCGUAUGAAUGUAAACAAUGUGGGAAAGCCUUCAGUCGUGUAGGAGACCUUAAAACACAUCAGUCAAUCCAUGCCGGGGAGAAACCUUAUGAAUGUAAGGAAUGUGGAAAAACCUUUAGACUUAAUUCUCAACUAAUUUAUCAUCAGACAGUCCAUACUGGUUUGAAACCAUAUGUAUGUAAAGAAUGUAGGAAGGCCUUUCGUUCUAUCUCAGGUCUUUCUCAACAUAAGAGAAUUCACACUGGUGAGAAACCUUAUGAAUGUAAAGAAUGUGGGAAGGCCUUUAAUCGAAGCGAUCGACUUACUCAACAUCAGAGAAUUCAUACUGGUGUGAAACCACACAAAUGUAAGGAAUGCGGGAAGGCCUUUCCUCAUUGCUAUCAACUUACGCAACAUCAAAGACUUCACACAGGUGAGAAACUCUUAAUGGAAUGAGAGUCAGAAAGCUGUUAGCCAUGGCACAUCCUUUAACAUUAUCACUCUUCCACCACAUAAUGAUAUUAUGGUAAAGGUUAAAUUAUUUAAUGUAAAUUAUAAAUGCUUGGUAGGGCGUCUGAUACAGUAUUUGCUUACUAAAUAUUGUUAUCAUUUAAAAUGAUAAUUACUAGCAUUACUAUAAACAAAUUCAUGUGGAAGGAAGACCCUAUGAGUAUAUUUUUUAAAUCCUUCUAUCAUCACUUAUCCAUAUUUUACUUUAGAUAAUUCAUUUUGGACAAAUUCCCAUAGAACAUAUUAAACAAGAAACUGUUUUAUUCAAAGCUUAUCCCCCUGAAGAUUAAUAAUGGGAAGAAACUCUAUGCUUUUGUUGAAGAGUGAGAGCAUAGCUAAUGAAAAAUUGGAAAGUGAUUUGAAGAAAUUUUCUUAUGAUAAGUUCUAUAAUACAGGUAACAGAAUCUACAUUCUCUACAAUUCAGGGAACUUAAGAUAUUAACAGUGACAGGUUGACAGAAAACAGAUGUUGACAUGGAAAAGUUUCCCUCAAGUUUCUGAAAAUUUUCAGAUUUACAGAAAAGACACAACAGUGGUCCAAUGAAGGUUUAGGUUUGUUUAUUCUCCCUCUACCUUCAGUAUCUCUCUCUCUCAUAUAAAAAUGUAUAUAUACAGAUUCACAUGUAUCACACUUAUCACAUAUUGAAUAUAUAUACUGCAUAAUCAUUUUUCUGUGCUUUUGGAGUGAAUGAUUUAGGCAUCACUUCACCUCUAAAAAAUCAACAUACAACUCCUGGAUUUAAAGAUAAUCUAUAUGACCAAUGAGCCACUGUCACCUUAAAAACAUUAACAGUAGACCUAUACCAUUCUGUAAUCAGUCCAUUUACAAAUUUCUCCAGUUUAGAGAAUGUCUUUUAAAAGUGCUGGCUUUUUUUUAAAAGCCAAAAACCAAGCUAAGCCCAUAUAUUUUACAUGAUUAUGGCUAUUGAGUCUCUUUUAGUCAAGAACUUAUCCUCCACCUGCUUUGUAACUUAAACUUUUUGAAGACUCAGGAGAAGUAACGCAUAUAAUGUUCCACAUUCUGUAUUUGCCCUAAUUUUUCUCCAGGCAGGCUUAACUGGUUUCUCUAUCCCUCCUAUUUAUUGUGAACUGGAUUGUUACGUCUAGAGGCCUCAUUAUGUUUCAGAUUUUAAAUUUUUGGCAAGAUAACUUCAUAGAUAAUACUGUGUAUUCAAUAUUUGUACAAGAGCAGGUGACAUAAAGUGAAGCUAUGUUUGAUCUCUUGGUUCAUGUGUUGACCACCAGCUCUCUCCAUUGUAUUGGUACAGUUUUUUCUUUGCAAUUAAGAAGUAAUCCAUGGAAAAUCACAUCAGCACUCCACUUGGAAAUUGAAGCAGCCUUACGUAUUUUUAAAAAUCAAGACCAAAAAAAACCCCUCAUCUUAAAUAUUUACUCAUAUAUUUACCUUUUCACAUGCUCUUCAUUCCUUCCACAUGAUCUAAAUUUCCAUCUGGUAUCAUUUCCCUUCAGCUUGAGGAAUUUAAUUUAGCAUUUCUUGGAGUACAUGUCUGCUAAUGAAUUUUCAUAGGUUUUUUUUUUUUUCUGGAUUGCCUUUGUUCUUAAAGGAUUUUUUUUCUUGCUAUGGAAUUCUGAGGUUUGUUAUACACAUAAAGAUACAGAUACAGAUAUAUUUAAAGAUAUUAUAUCACUGACUUCUGGUCUCCAUAGGUUAUAAGAAGUCAUUUGAACUGUUUUUCCUCUGUGUGUAAUGUGUCAGAUUUUUUUUCUGCCCUUACUUCUCCUUCUGGGAUUCCAAGUAGCUAGUCAUAUGUUAAAUCUUUUGAUACUGUCUCACAGGUCAUUGGCUCUGUUCUUUAUCAAUGUUUUUUCUCAGUUUUUCAGGUUGGAUAAUUUCUAUUGCUCUGUCUUCAGAUUCACUGAUUUUUUUUUUUGUCCUCUCAAUUCUGCUGUUAAGCUUUUUUUAUCAAAUGUUUUAUCAAAUUUUGAGAUAUUGCACUUUUCAA